AUGCAACCGGAAAGUCGAGUUUUUAUUGAACAGGUUCUUCGGAAAUUUUUGGCAGCUUUUAGUCAAGACGGCAUAAUGAACAUCCUGGAUGCAAUGAAAGGUCUUGGAAAACAGGUUCUGGACAUGUAUGAUGGUUUGGAAAAGCCAACCCAGCAGGACGUGCUAAAGGCCUUUCCAACUAUUGGAUCAUUCGCCACAAGUGAUGUUGUUCGUUUGAUAUUGCAAAAAGUAGCGGAAUUUGAUUUGGUAUCAAGAACAUGGACACCGGCACCGACUGUGGACCUCGAAGGCGACGAUUCGGGAAAGCAACCACCGAAAAAGUCACGGCACCAUUCACCAGACCCGGAGCCAGUUGAUCUCACAGACGAAACAGAUUCGGAUCACCAGAGGAAGAAGGGAGCGAGAACAACCGCGCUGUACCCUCAAGUUGGUGAUGAUGAACCGAUGCAUGUAAAGGAACUCGUCAAAACCAAAUAA